UUUGUUUUUAUAUUUCAUAAGACAUUCGGUUCUUGAACCAUACACACAGAUAUUGAAUACAGUUAUCAACAGUAUGGUGGUCGUUAAUGUUACUGAAGGGGCAUUAGAAGGAGAAGUGAUAGACAAUAUAAUUGGUGGAAAAUAUUACAGUUUUAAAGGAAUUCCGUAUGCUGCUCCACCGAUCGGUGAUCUGAGAUUCAAGCCACCGCAGCCUCUUAAACCAUGGAGUGGCGUAAGAAGCGCACUAAAGCAUGGGCCUAAUUGCCACCAGUACGAUAAUUUGAUGAAAAUGGUGAUACCAGGCAGUGAAGACUGCUUGUAUCUAAACGUUUACACUAAAGACAUCAAGCCAAGCAAGGCUCUACCAGUCAUGAUCUUCAUUCACGGAGGGGCUUUCGUCAGCGGAUCAGGAGACUCCGACUGGUACGCACCAGAUUUUCUUGUUGACAAAGAUGUGGUUUUAGUAACCAUCAACUACAGGCUAGAAAUAUUAGGUUUUCUUUGUCUAGACUUGGAAGAAGCACCUGGCAAUGCUGGUAUGAAAGAUCAAGUUGCUGCCAUGAGAUGGAUUAAGAAGAAUAUCCACAAUUUUGGUGGCGAUCCUGAAAAUAUUACUAUUUUUGGUGAAAGUGCUGGAGGAGCAUCGGUUUCAUUCCAUCUAGUUUCUCCUAUGAGUAAGGGAUUAUUUAAAAGGGCUAUUGUACAGAGCGGUAAUUCUAAUGCUGGCUGGACCACAGCACCCUUUUAUAAAGAGAAAGCAAGAAAUCUCGCACGUCUAUUGGGAAAAGAAGACACCGAUGAUGACAGAGAACUUCUCGAGUUUUUUAAAUCACAGCCCAUUGAUAACCUUAUAAAUAAAAUACCCAAUAUUGCAUUUUUUGAAAAAGAGAAGCCUUGGAUCAACCUUCACUGGUUGAUUGUAAGUGAAACACAAUUUGGAAAUAAUGAGAGGUUUUUCACUGGCAAAUGUACGGACAUACUUUCGAAUGGUAUCCAUGAAGGUGUUGAAGUUAUUAUAGGUCAUACAGCUGAUGAAGCUCUCAUGUAUUUCUCAACGAAAAGACCACUUGAGGAAAUUAUAAAUGCAUCGAACAAUUAUUUGGAAAGUUUUGUUUCUGAUGAAUUUGCAUGGAAUGUUUCAAUUCCAAAACAACUGGAGAUCGGUGAAAAAGUAAAAAAAUACUAUUUCGGAAAUGAGAAAGUCACACGAGAGAACCUUGGACCAUUAGUCAGAAUCGUGUCAAUGGUUAUAUUCAUGUACCCCGCAGUGCAGAUGGUUAAAGCCAUUGCUGCAAAAAAAUCUAAAGUUUAUUUCUAUCAAUUUAAUUGCCACACAGAAAGAAAUAUCUUUGAAAAGCUACUGAAGAUAGAAGAUAUUCUACCCGGAAAGAAAUCCGUCCUUCAUGCCGAUGAUUUGUUUUAUUUGUUCAACACCGAUUUAAAUGAACCCAUAGACAAGAGCAAACCUAGCUACAAAUGCAUUGAUACUGUUUCCAAACUUUGGACCAACUUUGCGAAAUAUGGAAAUCCCACUCCAGAUGAUUCGUUAGGAGACAAGUGGGUCCCAUUUACCCUAGAGAAGCAAGACUAUCUGGAAAUCAACGAGAACCUGAUAUCAAGGUCAUUCCCUGACAAAGAAGAAAUUGAGUUCUGGGAAAGUUUAUACCGACAAGAUUUGCCUCAGUAUUGUGCUAUUAAGAAUUAAUACUUUAUUAACUACAAAAUCUACGUGUUCACUAAUAAAUUAUAAAGAGAAAAAAAAUAUGUUUGUAUUAUAUAGGAUCCGAAAAAUAACACACUUCAAAAUCUUUCUUAAAAAUUGUACGCUACUAAAGGAUUUGCGAAGUUCUAGCUAGCGGAAUAGCUAGGUUGCCUAUUAAGAAAUCUAGCUGGAAUAAAAUUGAUAAAACUAAACU